UUCGGAGGGGUAGCCCCGCCCACCUGUGGGGGCGCGCCGCGCGGUAACCCGGAAGUGGCGGCAGCGUGCGGGGGCGGGGCGGCGCGCUCGAGCGGGCCAUGGCCGCCGCCGCCGCCGCCGGCUUUGUGUGCCUCGCGCAAGCCCCGGCCGUCCGCGCCUCGCCGGGGCGGCGGGGCCGCUGCUGACCCGCCCCGCUCGCCGCGUAGCGCCUGCCUGGUCCCGCCCCUGGCCUCUCCGCCUCCUCGGCCGGCCUCCCGCUCCCGGCGCGCGCUCCUUCGGAGCUCUCUGCGCUUCCCUCCCGCCCGCGGCGGGCUCCAGGCCGCCCCGAUGCCCGAGCCCGGCCCCAGGAUGAACGGCUUCUCGCUGGGCGAGCUGUGCUGGCUCUUCUGCUGCCCGCCUUGUCCGAGCCGCAUCGCCGCCAAGCUGGCCUUCCUGCCGCCCGAACCCACCUACACGGUGCUGGCGCCCGAGCAGCGCGCGCCCGCGCCGGCUGCGACCCCCGCGCCCGCCCCGGCGGCUCAGCCCGCCCCGGCCGAGGAGGGCGCGGGCCCCGGUGCGUGCAGCCUGCACCUGAGCGAGCGCGCCGACUGGCAGUACUCGCAGCGCGAACUGGAUGCCGUCGAGGUCUUCUUCUCCCGCACGGCUCGCGACAACCGGCUGGGGUGCAUGUUCGUGCGCUGCGCGCCCUCCAGCCGCUACACGUUGCUCUUCUCUCACGGCAACGCCGUGGACUUGGGCCAGAUGUGUAGCUUCUACAUCGGCCUGGGCUCGCGCAUCAACUGCAACAUCUUCUCCUACGACUACUCGGGCUACGGCGUGAGCUCCGGCAAGCCCUCCGAGAAGAACCUCUAUGCCGACAUCGACGCCGCGUGGCAGGCGCUGCGCACCCGAUACGGUGUGAGCCCUGAGAACAUCAUCCUCUAUGGGCAGAGCAUUGGGACUGUCCCCACCGUGGACCUGGCCUCGCGGUAUGAGUGUGCAGCUGUCAUCCUCCACUCCCCGCUGAUGUCUGGUCUGCGUGUCGCUUUUCCGGAUACCAGAAAAACAUACUGUUUUGAUGCUUUCCCCAGCAUUGACAAGAUAUCUAAAGUCACCUCUCCUGUAUUGGUUAUCCAUGGUACUGAGGAUGAGGUCAUCGAUUUCUCCCAUGGCUUGGCGAUGUAUGAGCGCUGUCCUCGUGCUGUGGAGCCCUUGUGGGUUGAGGGGGCUGGGCACAAUGACAUAGAGCUCUAUGCACAGUACCUAGAGCGGCUAAAACAGUUCAUAUCUCACGAGCUUCCCAACUCCUGAAGAUGACGGCCGACCUUACCUCAUUACUGUGAAGCGAGGAUCCUUGUUUGCACACACUUUGACUGGAUUUAACAGUGAUGCCCAAUAACCACAGAGAAGGGCCCAGCCCUUGGGGUGUUGUCCUUAAAGAGCUAACAAAGUCUGUCUUUUGUACCUAAUCACCACCUUCCAUUAGGCUGAGCAGCUGGGGUCUCAGCUGCAUGACCUUGCAGGAGUGGGAACAAGAGCUGACCGUGGGGACUGUUUCCCAGCAUCGUAGACUAAAGUGUGACCAAGUCUGUCUCCCUCGCUGUCACCUCUGAUUCCCCAGCCGGUGCAGGAUCACCCUCUCACCCAGGUGCCAGUGUCUGACUGCAGCACUCUCCGCUCUGGUGCCAUGGGUGAGACCCAUUUGUGAAGCUAUGGUAGUGUAACUGGAAACCUGUUGUGAGACAUCCUCCAUUAGCCGUGUUAACACACCAGUCCUUCCCACACCCGUGAACUAUCGCCAACAGCUUCAUCAGCUAUAACCAUAUAAAUACAACUGGAAUAUUCUUAAACAACAGGAAACUGGGGUUUUUUAAGUGUAAAUUUAUUACUAGCCAAGAGUUUUAAUAUUUUGACUGUCUGGUUGGUCUAAUAAAGCCUGGCCGACUCUCCUUCUGUAAAGUCCUUCUCGUCGGCUUUUUUAAAGUCCUGUACAUAUUUGCAAUGACAUUGUGCACAGAUUCCUAAUGGGUAGUUUCCUUUAGUCAGGCUUCAACAGACUGCAGAUUCCUUGUUUGUAUUGUAAAUGAUUGAAUACAUUUUGUUAAUAUGUUUUUAUUCCUAUGUUUUGCUAUUAAAAUUUUUAUAACAUUUCCAAGACAAAAAUUCCAAGUUUCUGCUUUGAAGAAUUUAGGUAAUUAAAAUUUCCCUAAGCUGAUUUCUUAGUUUAGGAGUUACUUGGGUUUUGACACUGGAGUCGUGCCAGGUGAACAUCAGAAAUGAGAUGCUUAAGAUUGCUACACUACUUGUAUUGGUCGGGGGAUUGGGUUUGGGGUUGUUUGGUCUUAUUUUAGUUCUUUUCUUUCUUUCAAAUUUAAAAGCCUUAAAUGUACUGUAAGCCUCAGAUCGUUGUACAACUGGAUUGCGUUGGUUGCCAGUUUGUGUGCUGUUGCCUGAAUGUGGCACGGUGGUUGGUAAUGGAAUAAAGGACGCAUGGAUCAGAA